AUAGAAUCGGAUGACAAAGCUAAAUUUGUUGAGAUUAAAAAUAAUGCUAACCAGAAAGUAAAAUUUAAAUGUCCAAUUUGUUUAAAAGUCAUUAGUCGAAAAUACAAUUUUAAUUUACACGUUUUGAAACAUAGUAAAGCUAAAAUUAUUCCUAAAACUGUUGAGUGUGAUGUUUGUCAUAAAACAUUUGAGGAAAAACGACUUCUUAGUCAUAUGAAUGUCCAUUUAAAACCUCACACAUGUUAUAUAUGUGGUCGCGGUUUUAGAUUGCUGUGGGAUCUGAAACAUCAUAUUUAUACUCACACUGGAGAGCGACCCUAUCCUUGUGAUGUUUGUGGGAAAAAAUUUGGAGAUAAAAGUGCUCGCAGAAAACAUUAUCAGACGCACACCGGCGAAAAACCGUAUAGCUGCGAAGUUUGUCAAAAAGCAUUUGCUCAACUUUCACAUUUAAGGGAACAUAAGGUUACGCAUACACGGGAGAAAUCUCAUACUUGCGAACUAUGUGAGAAAAAGUUCACCACAAAAAGCAGUUUGCACAGACAUAUAUUUACGCAUUCUAAUACGUGUGAAGUAUGCAAGGAAACGUUUAGCUCGGAAUCGCAUCUUUCUCGACACAUGGAAUUACACAACACUGAAAGACCAUAUGCUUGUAGCAUUUGUGAUAAAAGAUUUACUAGGAAGACUGAUGUACAUAAUCAUACUAAAAUGCAUACUGCUGAAAAAAAUAAAUUUUGUAAAAUAUGUAACCAAGCUUUUAAAAGUUCAAAAAGCUUAAGGAUUCAUCAUAAUAAAUUACAUCCAGGCAUUGAAGCUCCUUAUGUUUGUAGUUUUUGUGGAAAAAUAUUCUUCCUGGAGGGUGAUUUCUCACAGCAUCGAAUGCUUCACGAGGAAAAAGUUAAUGAUAUUUUGUAAAGUGAUAACAAAUGCUCAGUUUUUUUUAAAUAUUUUUUUAUUGUUUAGCUGGUAAAGUGUAAAGAGAUGAAAUUUAAAAUGUUGACAAAUUAACAUUUUGGGAUUAAACUCAAAUCCAU